CAAUUCGGAGGGGAGCAUGCGCAGUAUGGCGCGGCUUGAGUGGCGAGUUGUUUGUUACAGUGUAGCGCCAGCUGCUUUUUGCACUCUGGAGCCUGUGCAGCUCGAGUCUUCCUGAACUCAUUCAGCUUUCCCUUCUUCUUCUCUUUCAGAUUCCCUCCACUCCUCUGUUCUCUGUCUCUUUCCUUUCUGCGCCUAGUUUAUCCCCUGGAGAAGGAAACAAUAACGCUAAUUAAUCCAAAAACAGACAAGAAAAAAAAAAACCCAAAUACAUAAAGAAAAAAAAAAAACAACAUUUACCAUAGAUGGUCUACAAAUGAGAAGACGAAAAAGAUGGAACUGCAUAUUCUAGAGCACAGGCUAAAAGUAGCCAGCAUAGCCAAGGAAAACAUCCAGUUAUUUACCUAUGGAUUAAUCAAACUUGCCUUUCUAUCAUCUAAAACAAGGUGCAAGUUUUUCAGUCUCACAGAAACACCGGAGGACUAUACCAUUAUUGUGGAUGAAGAGGGGUUUUUAGAGCUCCCAUCAUCGGAACACCUGAGUGUAGCAGAUGCAACAUGGCUGGCCCUUAAUGUGGUGUCAGGAGGUGGCAGUUCCUCCAGCUCUCAACCAAUAGGAGUGACCAAAAUUGCCAAAUCAGUUAUUGCACCUUUGGCAGAUCAGAACAUCUCUGUGUUCAUGCUGUCCACCUAUCAAACUGACUUUAUACUGGUACGUGAGAGGGAUCUGCCUUUUGUGAUGCACACGCUGGCAGCAGAGUUUACCAUACUGCAAGUGGUAAAUGGAGAAGCUGUAGCUGCUGAUAACCUGGGAGUAACAAAUGGAUUUGUGAAACCCAAGCUUGUUCAGAGGCCUGUUAUUCAUCCUCUUUCCAGUCCCAGCAAUAUGUUUUGUGUAACUAGCCUGGACCCUUGUACACUUCCGACUGUGACUACACUCCUAAUGGAUGUUAUGUUUUACUCCAAUGGAGUAAAAGAUCCAGUAUUGGGCAGCGAGGAACCUGGUCAUAUCCGCUUCUUUUCCUUUUCCCUCAUUGAGGGCUAUAUCUCCUUGGUGAUGGAUGUACAGACACAGCAGAGGUUCCCUAGUAAUUUGCUGUUUACAAGUGCAUCAGGAGAGCUUUGGAAGAUGGUUCGCAUUGGCGGACAGCCUCUUGGAUUUGAUGAAUGCGGGAUUGUUGCACAGAUCUCGGAACCUUUAGCUGCUGCCGACAUCCCAGCAUAUUACAUCAGUACCUUUAAGUUUGAUCAUGCACUGGUACCUGAAGAGAACAUCAAUGGUGUAAUCAAUGCUCUCCAAGUCAGCCAAGCAGAAAAACAUUGAAUUUUUUAAAACUUUUUUUUUCAUUAUCUGUGCAGUAUUUCAAGAGGAGCUCAGUUCUGCGAGGUGCCAUGAAGGCAAAAAAAAAUAAGUAAUAAUGCUCCAGAAAGUUUGUUUCCUUUUAGUCAUAAUAUGGUUUCUCUUCUGUUAGUUUUCAAAGUGAUCUGUAGACUUUCUGCUAACUUAGAGAAAAAAAAAUAAAAAUGAAAAAAAAAAUGAUAAAAAACAAAAAUGACAAACAUGACAAAAAAUGUAUUGCACAGUUAAAUCUUAACGUUACAGAAAUGUCGUGAAGCCAGCUGUAGAUGUAGGAUCUGCACCUUAUAGAGCUGUGUGAGGGUUUCAUUCAGUAAUGUGACAAUGGUAGGGAAAGCAAAUGAACACCGCACAGAGGUGCAGCGAUAUAUUGCACUGUAUUCAAAUUUCAAAUGGCAUCAGACUUUCAGAAAAGAUUGUAAUUUAACAAUUUCUGCAUAUUUGAGUAGAAUUUUUUUUUUCCUUUGAUUUGUCAGUUCUGGAGAGCAAACUUUUGCUGGCUCCUAUUGCUUAAAGCAAGGUUUUGACUGAGUAGUACAAUGUCCUCUCACAUCAGUUGUUCUCAUUGCAGCUUUAUAUAGUCUUUUUGCACCUUGGUUGAACUUACAAUUUUCAUCCUUUCUAUGUCAGCUGUGUUUUAUCUAAUAUUAUAUAUAUAUAUAUAUAUAUAUAUAUAUAUAUAUAUAUAUAUAUAUAUAUAUAUAUAUAUAUAUAUAUAUAUAUAUAUAUAUAUAUAUAUAUAUAUUUAAAAUUCUUUUGUGAUGACCCUUUAAGCUAUGGGAUGUCAAGAAACUGAUGUGAACUUUGAGCCCCAUAAAUUUCAGAUUAAGAGUCAGGGGGAUCAGGGCUGCAAAUUAGAUAUUUUAAACUUUACGCCAAAAUAGCCUGUCAGAGAAUUUUGAUUGGCAGUUUACAGCAACAAACAUUUUCUGCUUGUGUUUUACGGAUCAGUACUGGAAAUUCAGUUGUUUGGCUUGUUUUGUAAAGUUCUGUUUAGUUUCUCUUACAAAACAGUUACACUACAAUUGCUAGAUUAUAUUUUAAUGUGCCUCUUCUGGGUUAUGUUUCACCUGUGUGCAAGCUCAGUAAGGGCCACGCUAGCAUAGAAUUUCAAAAUGUAGCACUUUACUAAGUUUUUAAGAAGCCCAGGCAAUUCAGGUUUCUUUCUACACUUCACUAAUAGGCAAGGCAGCUAACAUAGUCCUAUAAAAGCCACAGGACAACAAGCAUGGUGCAGAGUAACGUGGCUGCCUUCUGAAUGCUAAACCACAUGCCUGAACUCUACUGAGUGGCCGUGGAUGUUACACAAUAUCAUUCUAUGCAAUGCAACUGUGCACACUGUGUCACUUCUUUAGAAGGCAUUUCAUGUAAUAGAAGGGCUUGGCAUUGGCAUAGGUUUAACAAAACUAUAUAGUAUUUCCUUAUUCUGUUUAGCACUCCCUUCUAGAAAAAUAAACUACGUGGAAAUGCAUAUGGACUUCUUAAUUUGACCACAGUGCCCAUGUUUGUGUUAUGUUGCUUUGUAAAGGCAUUUUGCUUUUAUGGUGCUUUGAAAUAUUUGCAAACUGUUCCAUAGUCUUCAAGGCAAACAGUUUCAUCAAGUGUAUGUCCAGCUCUUACAGGAUAAUACAGUGAUUUGUAACAGAGUGUUAUGUUUUAAUGAGAUAUGGAUUAAAUGAACAAAUACAUUCUAUUCUAGGCAGAAAAUACAUAUUGUGUGCAGCCAAGCUAAAAUCUAUCAUAUUGUCCAAUCUCAGACAUUUUCUAUGCUCAAAGACACAAUAUAGAAGAACUAUCUAUUCUACACCCCUAGCCAUUAUUGAUAUACAGUAUGUAAGCAUUGUGCAGAUUCUAUUUGGCCCAUAUUCCAGUAAUUACAUACAGAAAUGAAUCUCUUCAAAUGGCUAGCGACAAAACAGGACAGCCUUGGUUAAGACAUCAGUCAGAUAUUUUCCAUUCUCAUUCCUCCCGGUUCUUCUGUGUAAACUUGCAAGCACUCUUCAAAUAUCCUAUAAGUAUAUGAAAGUAAUGUUAGUCUUAAUUUCCAAAGCUGGCACCACUAUGCUUGUUAAGUUUAAGUCUGCAAUUCUAGCAGAACUUUCAUUUUUCAGUCGUCCUCAUUUUGGUAAAACAAAGAACAUCAAGCAAGCUGUGCCCACCCAGGGUACAUCAGAGAUACAGGCACCCCUGGCAGCACACAAACUGCACCUUAGCUUUGGAAAAGUUUCUUAGUACCUACUGAAAUAACUGAGACUGUAACUUAACAAGCAUCAUGGCUGCUGACUCUGAGAAACGGCAAAUACUAUUCCAUGUAGUUUGUUUGAUCUGGGCUUUCACUCAUCUUUAAGAUUAUUCAGUUGAUAAAUUACAGUUUGUCCUAUUCUGUGUGUAACUUGUCGGAAAACAUGAAUCCGUCAGUAAGAUAAACUGUCAUUUUAAUUAGCUGGUAUCUGAUGUAACAGAGCACAGGAUAGAAACCAGAUUUGCUUCAUAUUAUUAGGGAACAGGUAGAAAAUGUGACCAUUUGCACCAUUUUUCACUGAUUUGUAGCUUGAUUUCUUUUACAAAAUCCACACAGUCAUUCGUGUUUGCAUCUACACAAAAUUACUAAAGUGCCAAAACGGUUUCAUGGCUCAUGGCUGCUGCAUUUUUUUUAUCCAAGUAUGGCCUUUAGAGCUACUUCUGUAGCUUUUGGUAUAUUACCCUGGUAUAUUAACAGGCGCAUGUCAUUCAAAGUGUAGUUCCUUUUGUACAUAAAACACCUCAGUAAAUUUCCCCUUACAUUAUCUCUCAAUGUGAUAACCUCCAUAAAUUCAAAGGAUAUGCGAAAAAGAAAUGUAAAUUCCAUUAACUUUAAAGUGACUUUGGCAUAGUUGCGUGCAGUGAUCCACCUGGCAGCCUUCAAGUGCUGAUGAACUACAACAUAUUGGGGCACAUUUACUAUUGAAUUGUAGAAAUUCGGUGGUCAAAGGUUUUUUUUUUGACCGAAUGUAGCUGUUUUCGGUUGAAUUCAAAUCGGUCGAUCGUAGAAAUCAUUUUAAUCGAUAGAACGAACGAUUUUGAAAAAAAAAAACAAAAAACUUUGACUUCUAAAAACGUAGCCAAAUACUGGCUAUGGGUUCUAGGAGGC